AUGGCUGCAGACCGCCAGAUUAUCCACGAGACCCCUCUAUUUUCCUGCGACAAACCUCGUCGGUUGUGGGGAGCUCAUCAAAGCAUUGCCCUUGCAUGGACUACGUUGAACGGACAAACUCGUGACGAGCUUCAAGCGGCAUUUGCUGGCCUGCUCGGGCUGAGCACUCGGGCAGGCUUGUCAAAGACUCAGCGCCAACAGCUGGAGGGGUUUGUCAAGGAAUAUGCCUCCGCAGACAUGGGCGGGAGGAGAGUCCAUAUCCACAGAAUCGCAUCACACAUCAACCAUGCUUGUGGUAGAUGCGCCAAUGCAAAGGCUUCGAUCGACUCUGCUGACCCGAACUCCAUCUCCGUCACGCUUCUCAGGCCUGUCAGUGCGGGCGAGCAGAUCCUCAUCAAGUACAAGAAACCGAACGCUCACUGUUUUAACAACCCCAAGAGACUCCCACACAAGAACAGCAGCAACCCCCAGCUAACCAGCAACAACCUCCUGAAUACGGGGAUGCCUCACAAGGUCAAGGCGAGGAUGCCUCACAAGACCAAGGCCAGGAUGCCUCACAAGUCCAACAACAACCCCGGACGAGGGGCCAGCGCUUCAGACAGAGAGCCCGCAGUUGGUGGUCCCGUCGGUCUCGGCGAGGUUGCGAAUUGGGGUCUCUGA